AUGGCAGAACGACCUCUAGAGUGCUACCUUUGGGGAAACAAUCUGCAGAAGACAAAGUGAUUAAACCAUCCCUUUAAACCCAGUGUAAUUACAAAAUGAAGGUAGUAAUAGUCUUGCUGCUUGCUGCGGUAUCGCUGGGUCAUGCUGAACAUAGAGGUCGAGACUAUGUACGGGACAAAAUCUGUCAAGAAUUCAACAGCCUGGGAAAAGACAACUUCCGAUCUCUAGCAAUCAUCAUGAACAGCAAGAAAUUCUCCAAUGCCACCUUUGAAGAGAUCAGUCACGUUGUGAAAGACGUGGUCUCCCUGGCAGAAACGUGUUGUGUCAAAGGGGCUGACCCCAACUGCUAUGAUACUGGGGCUUCAGCUCUGUCUGCCAAGUCCUGUGAAGAAAACGUUCCUUAUCCUGAUCACCCAGGGAUUGCGGCUUGCUGUACCCACCAAGGGUUAGAGCGAAAGCUCUGUCUGGCAGCCCUGCACCAACCGCCCAAAGAGUUCUCUACAUACGUGGAGCCAUCAAAUGAAGAACUCUGUGAGGCCUUCAAGAAGGACCCCCAGGAUUUUGCAGAUAGGUUUACGCAUGAGUAUUCCAGUAACUAUGGACAAGCCCCACUGCCAGUAUUAGUGGGUUCUAUAAAGAGUUACUUGUCCAUGGUUGGGACUUGCUGCAUUUCACCAAGCCCUACUGUGUGCUUCUUGAAAGAGAGAUUAGAAAGAAAGACUCUAUCCAUACUCACCACCAUGUCAAACAGAAUUUGUUCCCGCUAUGCAGUAUAUGGGAAGGAAAAAUCAAAGUUCAGGUACAAAGGCAAUACUAUAUGUUCAGAAGUGAAGGUGUUUCAUAUUUGAAUUUCCUGUUUACUG